AUGGCCAGCCUUUUGCUUCCCGUGGCCGAGUCCAUCAUCAAUUUCCGGUGUUAUCGUCUUACCGUAGAUUAUACCCUCAUCACCUAUCUCCAGCUCGAAAAUUUCACAAUGCGCAUUUUGCCCCUCCCAGGCACGCAGUUUCUGUUGCUUGAUUCUUUUCAUUUAAGGUGUAUAUUCACCAACACGGAUGUCUUGAAUUCCGUGGCAACUGAGGAAGUCUAUGAGAAUACCAUACCUCUUGAUUCAAAUUGUUCUGUUCCAGUUGUUCAAAUCCAGUCUGAUACAUUGGAGACUGAAGGAGUUGACUUACUUGUUGGGAGCACCUAUGUUGACACUAUAUUGAAGGAUUUGCCUGUAUUAACAGCGGAGGAGCAGAAAGCCAUUGCUGCAACUCCAGCACAUCCAGCUGGACUCUAUGGCACUGCAAACUUCUUGGAUGCCUCCUUAGGUUUCUACAUGCUUGCUACAGAGAUAUUGUUGUCUACGCUUUUUCUCCCCCUGUUUAACUACACAUUAUAUGCUAGUUGCUUGGCUGGGAAUCUCAUUGAGCAGCUUUGGAAUUUCGCUUGGCCUGCAGCCAUUGCAAUGAUUCAUCCGAGUCUUCUUCCUGUGGCUGUCAUGGGAUUUUUCGCAAAGCUUGCAGUAAUUGCUGGAGGCCCAUUGGUGGGAAAGCUAAUGGACCAUUUUCCUAGAGUACCAGCAUAUAAUUGCUUGACUAUUGUUCAGGCAGCUGCUCAGUUGCUAUCUGUUGGGAUGAUAAUUCAAGCUCACACAGUCAGCUCCACUCAUGUGUCUUCUGUUCUUGUCCAACAUUGGUUUCUUAUGCUCACGAUAGCUUUGGCUAUUGAAAGGCUCUCUGGGCUUGCCCUUGGGGUUGCCAUGGAGCGUGACUGGGUUGUUUUGUUGGCAGGAACAAACAGACCAAUAGCGCUUGCUCAAGCUAAUGCAGUCCUUAGUAGAAUUGAUCUCCUCUGUGAGAUAACAGGAGCAGCAUUAUUUGGCAUUUUCUUAUCUAAGCAUGAACCAGUGACAUGCUUAAAGCUAGCUGCUAGUUUGAUGAUUUGGUCUCUGCCUGUUGUGGUUUUCCUUACAUGGUUGACAAACAAGCUUUCGGCCGGAGUCCUGGACCGUGCAAAGUGUCCACAAACUUUUUGCUUCAGUAAUCUUGAAGGACCUAUGCCAGAUACCUCAAAUAUUGUGGCUUCAAGUAUAGAAGUUAUCAAGCAUGGGUGGUUUGAAUAUAUUCAGCAGCCUGUUCUGCCAGCAAGCCUUGCUUAUGUGUUACUCUACUUCAACGUUGUUCUUGCUCCUGGUGGUUUGAUGACUGCUUUCUUAACACAACAUGGUUUAAAUCCUACAAUUAUCGGAGGGUUUAGUGGACUGUGUGCAUUUAUGGGUGUUGCAGCAACAUUUGUGUCAGCAAAGAUGGUUAAGAGUCUUGGCAUUCUGAAGGCUGGAGCAGCUGGCCUUAUAUUUCAGGCUUCACUUCUUACCAUUGCAGUUGCUGUGUAUUGGAGUGGCUCUCUUUCUCAAAAGAUCCCAGUUGCAUUCUUCCUAUGUUUGAUUGUAUUGUCAAGACUGGGACACAUGUCAUAUGAUGUUGUAGGAGCACAAAUUCUUCAAACCGGGAUUCCUCCAUCUAAAGUUAAUCUUAUAGGGACUACAGAACUCGCGGUUGCCAGCAUGGCAGAAUCAAUAAUGCUAGGAGUUGCUAUAAUUGCUAAUGAUGUUUCGCAUUUCGGUAUUCUAGCAGUGUUGUCACUUAUAUCGGUGGUUGGAGCAGCUUGUUUGUACUGCCGCUGGUUGACAAAUCCUACUGAUACACAAAGGAAUCUCUUUCCUGUUGAACUGCACUUCUCAUAGUUCAGGAAGGUCUUUGGUCCCGAGUUGCAAAGAGGCCAGAUAAAGGCAAGGUAUAUGGCCCUUGUCACUUUGAUGUGUGCAAGCUUCAGCAAUAUUAUUAAAGCCACUUUAUAUCGGACUUAAUUAAUAGCUUCUAGGUCACACGAUUUUGUCAUUUGUUGUUCGUUUCAAAAUGAUCUCUCCUGUUGUUCCGGGCCAUGUAUAUACUUACCAAAUCUCCAAACAAGUGCAGUAAUUAAAAUAUUUGUAGAAGACUGAUCGUAUAUACUUGAUUAAAAAGUCCAAUACUCGGUGCCCAGCAUUUUGGGGUCCAAAUUUUCAUUUAUAUGGAUAUAUUUGUAAAUGUUAUAAUAAGGGUCCAUCUUUACGUGGCCCUUAUGGCAUCAUAAGGAGUUCACAUGCUAUAUGUGAUUUGAUUCGCAGUUUUGUUUAUGAAUGCAAUUCGAAUAAAUUGAUUUAGUGCGUGAUAAUUUUAUUGAAAAAGAUCGAUUAAGAGUUUCUAGUCGCC